AAAUAUCUUGUGGUUACCGUAGGGCACCCUACUUCACGGGCGUGUUUGACGGACCUCCGCGAACCUGUCCCAACCCAAAAGAUCAGGAAACAAGCUUCCACGUGGAACCAUCACAAAUAUGAUGAACAAGAAAACAUUCCGUUGGACAAGCAACUCAACUUCAGAUACCGGACUUUACCAUCGUCCUCGUCCACUAUGCGGGUGGCUGCCCUGGCAUUGGCUGCUUGCAGUAGCGGAAGAAUCUCGUGGGCCCUUCUGACUACACAGCCACACCACUUGACAGGAAUCCGACCUCAAUGUUCUGGUUUUUGGACACACCCGAAUCUGCAUUUUAAUAGAAGACCUCUGCAUCAAAGACACCACCGAAACAGAAUAUGGCUGUCUACAUCUGCCUUCUCUACAACACCCAGAACAAGUGAUUUGGAUGUAUCUCCCUUCACAGCUGCCAAGUCGUCUCAUUAUUGCCAUGAUCAGUAUGCAUCAUGGGAAGAAGAACUGUUUUGUGUUCUACAAACCAUUUCGUCCCGAGACGUCAAUCCCUGCAAGGAAGCUCGCCUGGAUAUCAUUCUACAGCGAUUAAACAGUCCAGCACCUCAAUCCUAUCAUGUGCUACAACGAGCCAUUCAUCGCGCACAAGAACAAUCCACUAAUGAUGAUGGACAGAAGAGUCUUGGGAUGAUCCAGACCGUUGCUCAUUUUGUGGUCAAGAAGGGAUAUCAAUUGGUUGUCUACGAGUACAGAAAUGAUAAUAGCAAGGACAACCAAACUCUUGAAUGGGAAAUUGUGCCCAUCGAUCGUGAUCUUGACUGUAGUAGUACACGACAGAGCAUCUUGCCGCCACAAUCACCACACUUUCCACCCCAAAGUACCUUGCAAAUUGCCAAUGAAAUCUUGGACUUGGUGACGGACGCUUCGGAACGCCAAGUGCCCGUCCCACAAGAUAGCAUCCAUGCACACAUACAAUCCCUCCAAGAACAACUGUCCUGGACCAUGGGAAUGGAUCUUCGGGGUCGCACGUCGGCGGAUGCCGCCUUUACCCUGGCACUGUCGGGUGCUGUUCACCACAACAAAAUAUUCCAAUCGCUGGCGGCCAUUUCCCAAUACGAAUUACUGCGAGUGGGACAUCGACCGACCUUUCAGGCACGGUACAUACUCCAAAUUGUGGAAAAACAUGCCGCGGCAGGGACGCGAGGAUUGGAGCCAUUGUACCAAGUGGCAGCAGACUGUUUGAAGGGCAAAGAAGAACAAGUCGGCAGUGAAAAUGAUGCCAUUCUUCAGAGUCUGGAAUCUCCCCCCUUGUUGGACCUGUUGUCACCGCGACCAUUGUUGUGGUUGUGGAGGUUUUCAGCUCGACAACGGAAGGUCAAGAACCAACCACAAGACAGCGAUGACAAUGACAAUGACAAUUCACGACUACCAGACUCUGAUAUUCCUCCCAGACCUGCUGUAUCCUUGCCGGCCUUUCAAGACCCCAGUCGGCCGUUGGUGGUAGACCUGGGAUGUGGCUUUGGUACUUCCCUGUUGGGCUUGGCGUCUACCUUUGACGAGGACAACGAAGAGGAACUGCUGUUGUUGCGAGACGUCCACAGUGGUAGUACUUCUUCUGCAAUCAACACAAGGUACAACUUUUGGGGGGCUGAUUUGAGUCAACUAGCCAUUCAAUUCGCAACAGGGAUUGUCAGUCGAUGGGGAUUACAAGAGACGUUGGCAUACAGCUGGGGAACCGCCGAAGAGUGUUUGGAUGCCAUUAUAGCGGAGAACAAACAAGCACAAAUUGCACUCAUCAUGAUCCAGUUUCCCACUCCCUAUCGUCUUCAAAGACAAAGCAGCACCAACAAUGGCACGGUGUCAUUCAAAGGUGACGGUAAUUCUCAACUGCCAGAAGAUUUCAGUUCCGGAUUCAUGGUCAAUGAUGACCUCUUGGGCAAGGUGGCAAGCAUCAUGUCGCAGAGUUGUGCAAGACUCUUGAUCCAAUCCAAUUGUGAAGAUGUCGCCGUGACGAUUCGAAAUAGAGCCGUGACGCAACACGGCAUGAAGGUUGCGGCGAUCACUCAUUCUGUGGCAUGUCUAGACCACUUUGGGCCAAACGAGGAUGAUGCGGAGCAGCAACAACAACAGACACUGCGCAACUUGGAAUGGAUCAGCAUGGGCGGAGAACGUGCUGAGGGACAUGGUUGGUCUGCAAAGCCUCUGUUGCCUCCUCGAGCAAGGACGGAAACAGAAGUGGCGUGCCAAUUGCAGGGGACCCCCAUUCACCGCUGUUUGCUGGAUAUGGAAAUGACAACGCAGCUUCCCCAGUAGGACCUGAACCUACAAUUUCAGAGCCAACUAUCUGGUGCUAUGUGCGAAAUCGAUAGACCAACGCUAGGAUGCUCCUUAUCGUCUCCAAAGACAAAGCAGCAACGACAAUGGCACGGUGCCAUUCAAAGGUGACGGGAAUUCUCAACAACUGCCAGUCGAUUUCAAUCCCGGGUUCAUGGUACUAUGCUGACAAUGCUACAUUGUGGCCGCAUGAAGUAUAGACUAAUGGGAAAUAUUAGCCUCUCAAACAUACGUCAUUCCGAGAUGUACUUUGGGUGCUUUGAAACAUUCGUUUUUUGUCUCCUAGUAGAUGUGCUAGCAGCUCCGGCUUUCAGACUAGAAAGCCGGUACGAU